CAAAUGUACCAGCUCUGCCCUCUCAAGGCUGGCAUUGCCAUGCCAUGCUGGGCACUGUGGCCCGGGGCACCCCAGCUGGGUCAGGGGCACUGUAUCUCUUCCUUUAGAAAAGCUCCCCUGCAGGGGCACCCAGCUGGCUCCGUGGGUAGAACAUGUGACUUUUGAUCUCAGCGUCAUGAGUUCAAGCCCCGUGUUAGGCACGGAGCCUACUUAAAAAAAAAGAAGGAGAAGAGGGGCACCUGGGUGGCUCAAUCAGUUACGCGUCCAACUUCAGCUCAGGUCAUGAUCUCAUGGUUUGUGAGUUCAAGCCCUGCGUCGGGCUCUGUGCUGACCGCUCAGAGCCUGGAGCCUGCUCUGGUUUCUGUGACUCCCCCUCUCUGUGUGUCUCCCCUCCCCUGCUCACCCUUUCUCCCUCUCUCUCAGAAAUAAAUAAACAUUUAAAAAUUAAAAAACAAAAAACCCCGCCCCACCCACUCCUGCAAAACAGGCACACUGCCCACCAUGAUACAGGUGUGCAAAAUGGUAGAAUUCCCACAGUGGGGAGUUUUGUGGUAUCUACCAAAUUAUCCAUUCAGCUGCCUCUUGACCCAGGAGUUCUAUUUCUGGGAAUUUACAACCAUGCAAUGGUAUUGAGAACACCAUUGUUUACAAUGGAAGACAAAACCCCCAGUGUUCAUCAAUGGAAGUGUGAGUAGAUAAAACUUGGUCCGCCCACACAGUGGAAUAGAAUGCAUCCAUUUAAAAAAUGGGGAAGUUUUCCAGGUACGAGGUAUUCCAGUCUCCAGAAUGUUUUUAAGUGAAAAAAAAAAAAAAAAAAAGCGAAAUUCUAGGGCACCCGUGUUCCCCCGGAGAGUGCCGCAGUCACUGUGGCAGAGGCCAGCCUCAGGAGGGCCUCAGCGUGGGGAGGUGGGAAGAGGACACUCAGACCACUCCGGGACUUGAGACCUGCAGAGACUCUGGCCACGUGGCGUAGGCUGCUGGGGGCUCGAAUCUGCCAACGCCAAACUUCCCACCACUUUCCAGCCUGGUCAAGAGCCAACUCCUCUCUUUGUGAAGGAGCAAAUUAUCCCAAGUGAGUCCCUGCAGCCUGAUCGCCAAUCCCCAGCCCUCUCAGUGUCCCCCACCCUGGACCUCAGCCAUGAAGCCCCAUCCUGGGCCAGAGGAGGCCCAGCGGCCAGCUUCGGACAUCCGCGUGUUCGCCAGCAGCUGCACGAUGCAUGGGCUGGGCCAUGUCUUCGGCCCUGGGGGCCUGACGCCUCGCCGAGGGCUCUGGGCCGCAGCCGUGCUCCUGUCGCUGGCCGCCUUCCUCUACCAGGUGGCUGAGAGGGUGCGCUACUACGGGGAGUUCCACCAUGAGACAGCCCUGGACGAGCGCGAAAGCCACCGGCUCACCUUCCCCGCCAUCACCCUGUGCAACAUCAACCCACUGCGCCGCUCGCGCCUCACGCCCAACGACCUGCACUGGGCCGGGCCCGCGCUGCUGGGCGUGGAGCCCGCUGAGCAUGCCGCCUUCCUGCGCGCCCUGGGCCGGCCCCCCGCGCCCCCCGGCUUCAUGCCCAGUCCCACCUUCGACGUGGCUCGACUGUACGCCAGGGCCGGACACGCCCUGGAAGAAAUGCUGCUGGAUUGCCGCUACCGAGGCUGGCCGUGCGGUCCCGAGAACUUCACCGUGAUCUUCACCCGGAUGGGUCAGUGCUACACCUUUAACUCCGGCGCGGAUGGGGCAGAACUGCUCACCACUCCCAAGGGCGGCAUGGGCAACGGGCUGGAGAUCAUGCUGGAUGUGCAGCAGGAUGAGUAUCUGCCCGUGUGGAGGGACAUGGAGGAGACCCCGUUUGAGGUGGGGGUCCGAGUGCAGAUCCACAGCCAGGAGGAGCCGCCCACCAUCGACCAGCUGGGCUUCGGGGCAGCCCCCGGCUACCAGACCUUCGUGUCCUGCCAGCAACAGCGACUGAGCUUCCUGCCACCACCCUGGGGUGACUGCAGCUCCGCACCUCUGGACCCCGACUUUGAGCCGGAACCUUCUGGUCCCCUAGGUCCUCCCAGCCCCAGCCCAGGCCCCCAAGCCCCCUAUAGUCUGAUGGGGUGUCGCCUGGCCUGUGAGGCCCGCUAUGUGGCUCGGAAGUGUGGCUGCCGAAUGAUGCAUAUGCCAGGCGGGGCGCCAGUGUGCAGCCCCCAGCAAUACAAGGACUGUGCGGACCCGGCACUGGACGCCAUGCUGCGGAAGGACGCGUGCACCUGCCCCAACCCCUGCGCCAGCACGCGCUACGCCAAGGAGCUCUCCAUGGUGCGGAUCCCGAGCCGCGCCGCCGCCCGCUACCUGGCCCGGAAACACAACCGCAGCGAGGCCUACAUCGUAGAGAACGUGCUCGUGCUGGACAUCUUCUUUGAGGCCCUCAACUAUGAGACCGUGGAGCAGAAAAAGGCCUAUGAAGUGUCAGAACUGCUCGGCGACAUUGGGGGCCAGAUGGGGCUGUUCAUCGGGGCCAGCCUGCUCACCAUCCUUGAGAUCCUGGACUACCUCUGUGAGGUGUUCCAAGACAGGGUCCUGGGAUACUUCUGGAACCGGAAGCACUCCCAAAGGCACUCUAGCACCAAUCUGGCCCCCCACCCCUCCCUGUGCCGUCACCAAGACUCUGUCCGCCUCUCACCGCACCUGCUACCUCGUCACACGGCUCUAGACCUGGCAUCUGUGUCCUCCGGGCUGCACCUUGACAUCUUGGACGGGCCCAGCCUGCACAUGUCUCUGCCCUUUCAUCCCAAAUAAAGUUCUAGUGCG